GUCAAUCUGCCACAGUCGAUUUGUAAAAAUUCCAUAAAACUUAAAAUUCAUCACCCCGUGUGCCUUUCUCAUCUUUCAUGCAGAUAAGCCAAGGGGAAAACAGGACCGCAGUUCCUUGCCACGAGUGGAACUACGACAUCACGAACAAGGGAGACAGCAUCGUGAGCCGUUUCAACCUGGUUUGCGACCGCGAGUUUCUCUACGACUUGUCUUUGGUCGUCCCCAUGAUCGCUUCCGCCCUCGUGGCUCCGCUGCUCGGCUUGGCAUCAGACCACGUGGGCAGGAAACCGGUGAUGCUAGCCGGCGCGUUCGGCCAAAUUCUCGCCACUUUCGGAAGGGGCUUCGCGCAGACGUACCCAUUCUUCGUCUUCACCCGGGUCCUGGCAUUCGUGGCGACCGACGUCACCUUCCUCACCACGUUCAUAUUGAUCCAUGAGGUCACCGGGAACGAGCGUCGCUCGAUAUUCACGGUCCUCGACACCGCCGUGCCGGGAGUCCUGGUCCCGCCGCUGAUGCACGCGUUGUCUCUCCUCGAGCCGCGCUGGGCGCUGGCCGAGGCGAUCACCUUCGUUGCCGGAGGCCUGCUGGUGGUCUGGUGCUGGCUGCAGGUAGAGUCUCCCGCGUGGCUCAUCGCCACCUGGGACUUGCCUCGAGCCGAGGACGCGGUCCUGCUGGCGGCCAAGACAAACGGCAUUGACGUGACGAAGGCCCUGUCUUCCUUUGCGCUCAUUAAAGAGCAGCUGCGCAAGCUGGGUAAGGUUUACGCCGCGGAGGCUCCGAUGGAGGGCAUUUUGGAGACGGUCAAAAUGCGUCGCCGCGCGGCCUCCGUGUUCCUGGCCAGGUUCGCGUUAGACGCCACCUUCAUCGGCCUCUUGACCAACGACGUGGACACGGGCAUUCCCUGGCAGGUGGCACACGUUGUUUUUCUGACGGCCUACUACGCCUCGAUCUGCGGCAGCAUGUGGAGAUACGGAAUCCGGGAGACGCUGUCUGGUCUCAUGAUCGUCCUGAGUGCCUUCGCCGUUUUCGAGGCCGUGGCGAUCUUCACCGGUCAACAGACGGUGGCGCGUUUUCUGCACGUCGGCAUGAAGGUGGCCGUCUGCGGCGCGAUGAGCGUCACGCUCUGCUACACGGCCGAGACCUUCCCGACGGCCGUGCGGAACGCCGGCAUCAGCCUUUCGCACUUCUCCGGCGGCCUCGGCGACGUCGCGGCCAUCGCCGUCAUAGCCCUCGGCGAACCGCAUGUGUUUUACGCGCUGUCGGCCUUCAUGGUGCUGCUAAGCGUCGCGGCGAUCCAAUGGCUCCCCAAAGUCUCUAUUGAGAGACCGCAGCGGCCGCGAUCGCCUAGCGAGCUGAGCGAGCGCGAACGAAAAGCGGUGCUCUUGGCAUCGCUGGACUCCCGCAGGAUGUCGACGCGCAGACGCAGGGAGAGCAGUCUGAGAGAGCACUGUAAUCUGUCUUAUUGAUUGUCCGAGUCACACUACACUAUGUACUGCAAUUACCGAAAGGGCAUGCCUGUUUCACAGUGCUCAAUAACGUGUGUUGAACUUACCGGCUGCAUAUACGUGUUCACUGUUGUGAUUUGAAGAUCACUUUGUUAUGAGUACUAGGAAGAAAUGUUUUCUGUGUGAUAAAAAUUGUAUUCAUAACAUGAAACCCUGUGGACAGGCGCGCAAAAAAAUACCGGACAGCAAUUAUCUUCAUACCAUGUUUUAAGAAUGAUGGCUACGGGGAUUUAGAAUGGAAACGACCAUCGCUUACGGAAC